UUUGAUGUGUGUGUGUGCCAGAAUUUUAAUUAAAAGUUAAUUAAAGUUAAUUAAAACAAAUUGUUCUGUCAGCUAGCAUCAAUGGUCGCAUACAAACUUUAGCAUCAGUUAAACGCUCGGUAAUUUUAUCUUACACCCUCAACUUGAUGUCUGCUUCCCAGUCUGAGGUAAAUUGUCUGAACCAAGCAACGGGAGUUCCUUAUUAGCGCCCUUGCUGUCACAGAGUCAGCCAUCGAGUGAUGAGUUCUGUUAAAUUCCGUUAGCUUGAAGUGUUUAGCCUGAACUUAAACCACAUAUGCCACAUUUCUUCACACCACCAGCGGUCAGUUUUCUCACAGAUGGUGUCAUAUCCAACACUCUGGUGGCUCAUUAUUGCAGAAAUACACAGCUCAGUCACUUUUUCUAGAGGCAGCCGAUUACUUUGAGUGUACUUUAGGAUAGACAUUCCACAGCCUCUAAACAUACUCGGAAUUCCCAUUGAACCAUUAAAUUGACCUAUGUGGUAUAAAACCCUGUUCGUUAAUUUACACAAAAAAAAAAAAAUCUAAAAUAUAUCUUGACUGCCAAAGAAGUAAAAAUUUAAUUAACUUCUGCAAAAUAUAGGCAAAAAAGGAAAGAGUAUCUAAAAUAUAAAGACAGAUAUGAGAUUAAAAGCAAGAAUUGGCUAUAAAGAACCAGUUGGUGGUUGAUGAUCUCACUUUUUAAUUCCCAAACUUUAUUUGGAUGAUUUUAUAUCUUUCUAAGCAUUUAGUACAGAAACUUUACACACACCUACUGUAGUAACCUUGACUCUCUAGGAUAAAGCAUUUCUUUGAAGAUAAGUGAAUAAAUGCCCUCCAGGAAUUUCCCAAGCUGGAUGACUGACCACCUCCUACAAGCAGGAGAGACAUCCAGCUCUUGUUUCCAAUUAUUGAAAAUUACAGAAUAUCUACUUGUCCUCAAUAUUUCAAACUGCUAGUCAGCUAGCGAACCAGCUUACUUUGGUAGUCCUUAGACAUCAUAUCCAUUAUAUUCUAACACUCUUUAGGUCUUAAGAUGAGACGAACAUGAGAGAAAGCUUUACUAAAGCUGAAAAUCUGCAGAAUAUACUGUAAUAAAAAGGAUUCUGGUUAAGGCUUUCCUUAAUGUUCUGUGACAUAACCCCAAAUGGUCCUAUUAUUAAAGAAUUAAUGCUUAGUUUACAAAUCAAUGUCUGGGUAGCAUUAAUCCAAAUUUGUGUUCUGUAUUCAUGUUUAGAGUGGAAUUUAAAACAACAUUCAAACUUUCAUUAUAAUGUGGUUUAAAGUCUGUUGUGUUGUUAAUAAACAUAAUAAAAAAAAUUGCCUGUGAUGAUGACAUAUGUAGUCCAAGGGUAAUCAAACGGCAAAGUAAUACUAGUGAUUUAUUUAAACAGGACAAAAGUAAUUGGAAAAAAAAUAAAGUCAAGCCACAUGAUGACCAAAUGAUGAAUGACCUUAAGAAAUCUGUCUAAUGAUGACAGAUCUUAUCGUCUAGUUUCAUCCAAUCACACAUACUUGUGUACAGUAAAUUAUUUAGACAGCAUCAUAAAUUCAUUGAUGAUGUUUAAAGACUAACUAAUGGAUAAUAUUUUUCCCCAGAGGCCAAAAACUUAAAUUUGCGCUUGUUAUGUCGUUUCCAUAUACAGCACUGAAUGUCUUUGCCGUGUCAUGUGCGGUUUUAAGAAUCUUUCAGCUAGCCAACUAGGUGCAAUAUAUACAGAGGAAGGUUAAAAAUUGUUUGUAUUUUUUUCACACAAAUGUUUUUAGCUUCACAUGAAUUGGUGAUAUCAAACAGAUAUGUGGUCAUCUAAAAUUAGAAGGUGCCAACAGCUUCAACCACUAAAAUUUUCAAACACACUGAAAGCCAACAGUGUACUGACUAAUUUUAUAUUAAACUUGCGGUGUUAAAAUAAUUUGUUUGUUUAUGCUGAUUAAAAAAGUCCCAUUAGUAAAACGGUUAAAAUGGAAUUGUUGUCGUCAUUUACAGUUGUGUUAGUUGCUGAUCUGGACUUUUGUAAACAAGACAUUUGUUUGUAACUAGUCCUUAACCAUUUUAACUUAAAUAUCCCUAAGCUAGACUUUUCCUUUUGCUGUUACUUCUGUGUUUUAAGUUGUGGUGUAGCUGAAAAUGUGCAGACUCUCUGAAUCGGUGUGUCUCAGGAGUAUGAUUCAGUAACUGUGUGUCAGCAGAUCUGUCAAACUCCAAGAAGGAGGCAGUCAUUUUUAUCUUGCUUAUUUCCUCUCUGGGUCUCCUAACCAAGCCCUGGACUUAUUUCCACUGAGCCUUCAUUUAGACACCGCUUUCCACUGCAAAUCUAAUAUGGAGCCUUCUCUUUCUACACGCUUCCGUUUUAUUCCACUCGAACCUGCUGACUUGUUUUCUGUCUCUUGAUUCUUCGGUUUCGGUUCUCUCUCUCUCUUUCUCUCUCUCUCUCUUUCUCUCUCUCUCUCUUUCUCUCUCUCUUUAUUCCUCACAGUCAUUUUGUCUAUCUUACACACCCGCUCUUCUCUCUCCGUUCCUGUUUUGGUUACCAUGGAGAGCUGUAUUCAGCUAAGCAGGAGGUGACUGACACACUAACACACAGGAAACCAGAACAAUUAUAUUCACACUCAUGCUAGCAUACAAAAACACUCAUAUACACACACAAACCCCAAUGAUGCUUUAUCGCAUAUCAUGAAUAAAUCAUGUGGAGUGAUAUGGUCUGAAAGUAUUUAUACCUUCUAUGGAAAAAACAUGACACACUGCAGUGUUAGAGGUAAAUAAUCAACAAAGAGCGGUGCGAUGUAGCCCGAGUGUUGCACAGUUACAUGUUAAUACGGCGUUCAGCUUAAAAAUGUUCAUCUUAACACAUUUCACUUGAUAGUCGUCAAAAAACUAACGUGUUAAGCGAUGUGAUUGAUUAGAAGAGCAUUGUAUAUUUACAGUGUAAUGUCUUAAACGUCUGAUAAAUGACAGAAGGAAACAUUCAGUGCAGACUCCUACUCUAACAGUUUCAUGCUUGGAUACUUAUGAAGUGUUUAUGGGAAGGCAGAUAGAAUAAGGGCUAGCCAUAAUGCUAGGCAGUGGAAUAGGAUUAGCGCAGAUUGCUAAUCCUUUCUGUGAGGGUAUCUCUGGUCGGGCGACAGCUGUAGGCCUCUGGACAUCAGAUUUACCUCAGAUUACUCUGGAACAAGGCCAACUGGAUCCAAUAAGAGCAAAAUGUUCUAUAUCAUGCUCUCUCUCUCUCUCUCUCUCUCUCUCUCUCUCUCUCUCUCUCUCUCUCUCUCUCUCUCUCUCUCUCUCGCUCUCUCUCUUUUCCUCCCACCCCCAUAUUGUCCUAGAACAGGCUCCAUCUCUUUAAAGCAACAUCGAAACACAAACAAUCCAGCAAAAAAGAGAUAUUUAUUUGUUCUUUUCUUAUUUCUGUUGAUGAAUUCAACCUUUUUGACCAUGAUGAACACAAGGCAACUGGCAUGUGAUGUGGGUAUGCAACCUGUGCAGGAAGCAGCAGGAGAUCCUUACUAAAUCUGGAGAAUGGUUCUCAUCAGGGCCAAGAGGCAGGCCUCUGAGCGUGGCCGGCCCUGAGGCUGACCGGGACGGGAAGCUACGUUCCAGGUCACAGGCUAAAACUGGAGCUAACUCCAUUAGCACUAACAACGCCCAUCCAGCCAUUGACCGGACCAAGGGAGCGGACAUCAUGCCAGUCUCACGAGCUCGGAGUGAACCCCCACGAGAGAAGAAGAGGCCAGUGUCCCUACAUGAGCAAAAUGGCAAGGUCAUCGGCAGAGGUGAGAGGAGAGUGGGAUCAGGUAGGCAGUCUGGUCAGGCUUUAGAUGAUCGUGCUCCAGGAGAAAGGCGAGACAACAGACGUCUGGAAAAAGGCCAUUCCCAAGAAUAUGACCACUCUGGAAACACUGCCCACCCUGACCAGAAGCGGAAAAAAGAAGAAGAGGAACGGGAGCAGGAAAGACAGCGGCGUGAAGAGGAAUACCAAAAUCGCUACUGUAGUGACCCCAACUUGGCACGCUACCCUGUCAAACCUCAGAAAGAAGAACAAGAGAUGCGCAUGCAUGCAAAAGUGUCCAAAAUGCGACAAGAACGUCACCACAGUGACAUGGCCAUCAAUGAAGUAGGCCUGGCUCAAGAUGGUUGCGAGACCCCAGGCACUCGGCUAAGCAGGAGGGUGGCGGGCAAUGAAAACCGCAAGGCACUACAUGAAAACCAACGGGCAUACUCUGUGGACAGGACCGUGGGGGGUUGUGCUGGUGGGGGACCUGUACCCCUUCAAAAACAGGGUCACAGUGGUUCUCACAUGAGCCCCGGGGGCUCCCAAGACCUCAGGGAUGGACAGGAUUGGGGCCACAAAGGCUAUUUGGAGCCUGGAUCAGUUGCAUUGCUGCACAAGACCAAACGUGAGAAAGCUGCCGAAAGCUUCCGGAAAGAUUCUUCCCUCAGUUCAGACCAGUCAGAAUGUCUCCGUCCACCGCCUCCCCGUGCUUACAAGCCCAAACGAGGCCUCAACAAAAGGCAGAUGUCCAUUAGCAGUUCAGAAGAGGAAGGAGGGUCCACACCUGAGUAUACCAGUUGUGAAGAUGUUGAGAGCAUAAGCGAAAAAGGUGACUGGGAUUGCCAUCCUCUAGAUCCCACUGUAUGGCAUCAUCCUGUUACAUGGCAACCAUCAAAGGAGGGAGAUCAUUUGAUUGGACGCAUCACUCUGAGCAAGCGCUCGGCCAUGCCUCGGGAGGCUGGGUCUCUGCUCGGGCUAAAGGUGGUCGGUGGAAAAAUUACAGCGACCGGGAGACUCGGGGCAUUCAUCACCAAAGUGAAAAAAGGAAGUCUCGCAGACGUUGUAGGCCAUUUACGAGCUGGUGAUGAGGUGUUGCAAUGGAAUGGGAAGGCGUUGCCUGGAGCAACCAAGAAAGAAGUAUACAACAUCAUUUUAGAGUCGCAGUCUGCACCUCAAGUAGAAAUAGUUGUUUCAAGGCCAAUUGGAGACACGCCAAGAAUUCCAGACAAGUCACAUCCACCUCUUGAAUCUACUGGUUCAAGUUCUAUAGAUGAGUCCCACAAGGUGGACCGUCCCUCCAUCUCCGUCAUGUCCCCCACCAGUCCGGGAAUGUUGAGAGACCUGCCUCAGGACCUUCCAGGCCAGCUUUUAGUGAAACUGUGGUAUGACAAAGUGGGCCAUCAGCUUAUCGUCAACGUGUUACAAGCCAUAGACCUGCCUUCUCGACCCGACGGCCGACCGCGCAACCCUUACGUCAAGAUGUACUUCCUUCCUGAUCGGAGCGACAAGAGCAAGAGGAGGACGAAGACGGUGAAGAAGAACUCGGAGCCACGGUGGAACCAGACAUUCCUUUACUCACACGUCCACCGCAGGGAUUUCAGAGAGCGCAUGCUGGAGAUCACCGUGUGGGACCAGCCGAGAGCGCAGGAAGAGGAGAGCGAGUUCCUCGGAGAGAUCCUGAUCGAGCUCGAAACGGCUCUGUUGGACGAUCAGCCGCACUGGUACAAGCUGCAGACCCAUGAUGCUUCCUCUCUCCCUCUUCCCCAACCCUCGCCGUACCUUCCUCGCAGACAUGUCCACACUGACAGCCCCAGCAAAAAGUUACAGAGAUCUCAUCGCAUCAUUGAGACUGAUUAUGAUGAUGCUAUAACAGUAGUGUCUUCAGCAGCAGAGAGGAACUCCCGAGAGAGGGAGAAGUACAGCACACUGACGGUUCCCGAGAGGCAGGCAGCUGUUCAGCAUCGCUCUCGCUCUGUCUCCCCACACAGAGAAGACCAGUGUAGAGGACGUUCACGCCACACACAUGUCCCCAUGCAGAGGAGUCUGGAUGAAAUUCGCCAGAAACGACAUCAUUCCCAGUCACCCACUCAUUACUACAAUAAUCCACACCAGGAACACCGAUCCGGAGACUCAGACUACGACUACUCAGAGGACAGUGAGGUCCUGGAGAUGCACAGAUCAAUCCGUGGCGGGAGCGCCGAGUGCCUGCACACAAACAGUGACCUUCAGCCAUCAUUGGACAGAGUGCGAAGUGCCAGUACGACCUGUCUGAGGCCAGACAGCAGUUUCCGCUCCCCUGAUAGAGAAAGGAUGUCAGGCAGUUUGGACAGGCCUGUGUGUGCAAAAACUAACAAGAAAUCCAUUGACAAUGACAGGAUCCAGCCCACCUCCAUCCUGCGGGGCAGCAGGUGGAGGAGAGAUGGUCCAAUCCGGCCGUUUGGGCACUCCGGCCUGGACAGAGCCCACGGUGGACGUAAUUCUCCUACAGAGUCUUCCUUAUCAGUGCGCAGAGGACGACAGCUCCCACAACUCCCUGCAAAAAGCAGCAGUAUAGAACAAGCUCUGGCAGUAGAAGAACGAGCUCGGCAGUUGAGUCAGAUGAGGGUUCCGUCUUAUCGGCCAGGUUCGUCUGCCAGCUCAGGCCAUGAACAGGACAUGGCUCUGAAGAACAAGAGAGACCUGUACAAGAGGAGCUGUGAUAACAUGUCAGCGAGGUCUUCAGACAGCGACAUGAGUGACGUGUCAGCCGUGUCGCGAGCCAGCACUGCCUCUCGUCUAAGCAGCGCCAGCUACAUGUCUGUCCAAUCAGAGAGGCCACACGGACGGAUCAGUCGGCAGGUUCGGGCCUCGGCUGGUCGCAACAUGUUAAAGAGCACGAGCGUGAGCGGCGACAUCAACACGCCCGAGCGAACGGACGGCAGCCAGUCGGACACGGCGCUCGGAACGGUGGGCAGCAGCAGCAAGAAGCGUCGCUCCAGCCUCAAUGCUCGCUUUGUAGCCAUCGUGGGAAACAGACGCAGCCGCAGCACAUCGCAGAUUGGCCAGACAGAGGCGUCCAAUAAAAAGUCAAAGGGAGGUGGGACGAUACAGAGGAGUCAGGAGACGGGCAUGGCGGUCGAGCUGCAGCGCAACAUGAGCCGACAGCCGAGCCGAGAGUCCAACAACGGCAGUAUGGCCAGCUACAACUCCGAGGGAAGUCCCAUCUUCCCAGCCGUGCGGGUGGAGACUCAGUUUAGUGACUUCCUGGAUGGACUGGGUCCUGCCCAGCUUGUGGGCCGACAAACCUUAGCCACUCCUGCUAUCGGAGACAUCCAGAUUGGCAUGGUGAACAAGAAGGGAAAACUAGAGGUGGAGGUGAUCCGAGCUCGUGGCCUCAUCCAAAAACCAGGAUCUAAAUCUCUCCCGGCUCCUUAUGUAAAGGUGUACCUGCUGGAAAACGGCGCGUACGUGGCCAAGAAGAAAACGAAAAUCGCACGGAAGACGCUGGACCCGCUGUACCAGCAAACCCUGCAGUUUGAGGAGAGUCCACAGGGGAAAGUGUUACAGGUCAUCGUGUGGGGAGACUACGGACGAAUGGACCACAAAUCCUUCAUGGGAGUAGCACAAAUCUUAUUGGAGGAGCUGGACCUGGCCAGCAACGUGAUUGGCUGGUAUAAACUAUUUCCGCCCUCCUCCUUAGUAGACCCCACGCUGGCAUCGCUGACCAGGCGAGCUUCCCAGUCGUCUCUGGACAGUUCUUCAGGACCCGGUGGGGUUCGUUCCUAGUGCACUAAUUUACAAAGCACACUCCACACUCCAGAGAAUCAAUCGAGGACUUGACAGGACCACAAUCAGAGGUAGAGCGGAGCAAAAAAAUCUAUAUAUGCGAUGAACAAAAGACAAAGCUUUGAAGAAAAAUGACAAUCACUCCUGUCGGUUCCGUUGGGUUCGUAUUUUUUAUUUUUAUUCCCCCUUCUGUCGUGCGUGUUUUUUCAAAAUAAGGCCUCUACAUUCUGCCAAUUUGGUGUAUUCAUUGUUUCAGCCACAAAUUUGUUACGGCGGAGCUUCAGUACAGUUUAAUAGCAACUCGGAGUAGCUAAAGCAGGGUGAUUUUCAAUCAUUGUUAAAGAAAUGUACAUUUAACAGAGCAGCAGAAUGUACUGCCUAACCCUAUUAACACAAUGACAACCUCCGACCAACAGAUUGUGGCGUCUCCAUAGAGACUCCUGUAUAGGCUUGAAGGUUAAAAGUCGAAAGGUUAUGACCUUGAAAAGAAGCAGGGCCAGUCCAAAAGGUGUUUUUUUAUUUUGGUGCCUAAACAUCGAGGACCCCGGGCUACGAUCCAGUAUCCGUACAGCGUUACAGUUUUCAGGAUGUUUACCACAACUGACGGAGGCUACGUUCUCCUCAGUGUUUCCUCUUUGUUUAUCAGCUGAUAUAUUUUUCUCUCCAUACCUCUAACACACAAUGUUAUGAGGUUUGUGUUGUCUAAAAAUGUACUGUGUGCAUGGUGAUGAUGCUGAGAAUGAGAAGAAAAAAAACUAAAAACUUGAGACUUCAGGAAAAAGUGUUUCCAAAAACAUUUACAAGUCAUUUUGGGUUCUCAUUGAAAUUUUUAUUCCAUCUGCUUUCACAUCUUUAACCCUUCCUGAUGGUCUGAGUGUACGCUAAACGCUUCGGUUGCAAAACUUCUGAAACACCACAUUGACCAAAGACUCACAGUUCUAAAAGUCAAGAGGACCAAAAAGGCGUACUUGCGAUUCAAAAGGAAGACGUCACCAAAAAAAAACUGCUAAUAAGGCUAACAGAAAAGGACAAGUAGUGAGGACCAGCACAGUUUGAUUUGAUUCGUUUAUAAAUGGUUGGCACUGGAUUUUAUUUCUAUUAGCAAACUUAGCUUUUUUUGGUGAAUUCCUGUCAAAGAUUUCAUUACUAAUGCGCUGUUUUAUCAUCACCGUCAUCAGAAAGAAAGGAUCGUUCUUCCAACAAAAGAUCAUUGCUUUUUGCUUUUACGCCUUGCAUUAACAUUUCAUCUGUUUUCUUCUGAAUUAAUUCCUUCAGUGUAAAAUGAAAACAGUAGCUAGCUACAGGCACGGUGGUAGAUUAGUCGCUAAGGCUUUGGGCUGCUCAAAGUUUCUACUGUUGGGUUCUUGAGCUUUACAUUAUAUUACAUUUACGGCACUACAUUUUUGGCAGAUGCCCUUAUUCAGAGCAACUUACAUUUAUCUCAUUUAUACAGCUGAGCAGUUUAGGGUUAAGGGCCUUGCUCAGGGUCCCAGGAGCAGCGGGAUUUGAAGUUAUGGCCUUCCGAUAAGCAGUCCAAUACCUUAACCACUAAUGUACCACAUCCUCUGAGCAAGACCCUUAACCCUUAACCUCAGUUGUAUUCUUGGUACAUCACCAAGCCAAACAUCAGCCACGUGAGUAAAUGUAGAUGGAGGGAAAUCAUCUAGCUGCCAAUAGGACACUUGUCUUGGUGACUGUAAAGGUUUUGUAGUAGCUAACUAGCAUAUUAGUUAUGUUAGUGAAUACAGUUGACAGAAAUCUGACACAUUGUGUAGUAACACAACCUUACAGUAAUGAAUACUGAUACAAAACACCACAACAGGAAAAUCUACAGUGGUAUCACUCGUCUGCUAACAGGACAAAAUUAACAUUUUAAUGCUGUAUAACGACUCCAUUUUUGAUUAUGUUGUAGUUUUACAUGUCAGACACCUUGAGAGAAUUCAACAACCAACAAAACAACAAAGCAAAAAUAACAAACUUUAGCAAAACCUGCCGCCAAGAGUUUAAAGGAAGCUUUUCUUUUUCCAGAUGUGUAGAACAUCUCACUGCCAGUUUCUCUACUUCAACAUUGUUGGGAUACACACAUUUAAAUAUAAUUUCCUAUACAAAACAACCAAAUUGGUUUUGUAAAUUAAUAAACACAUUUUAUUUAUGGAAACUGGACUCACUUGUUCUAGGCUGCAUUUGACUGGCUGACUAUCAGACAAGUACAGGUUGAGUCAUAGAAAGUUUCCACCAAAUUCGAAACAUUCAAAUUACAAUGAAAUCCUCAAAAACACAUUUCUAAAAAUGAUUUCUAUUCUAUUUUAUUAUUAUAUAAACAAACAAACAAAUAAAUAAAUAAAUGUGCUGGUUAAUUUGUGUCCAUGAUGCCAAGACUACAACAGAAAAAAAGUCUCUUGACAAUUUGCACAACAGAGACAAUUACAAUUUGUGUGAUGUUACAGUAUAGUAAAAAAUUAAGCACCUCUGAAAAAAUAAACAAUCGGUUUUGUGCUUGAGUCUCAUCUCCUUUCUCUCUCUCUCACUUUUAAAAAAAAAAAAUUUAUCCAGAAAUAAUUAGCAGCAUAGCACAGAGAUCAUGGCUAGAGGCUCGAGCGAGCUUAACAAUGAAUUUCACUCAUUCUGCCAGGUUAAAUGGCCUUGGCCUCAAUCACAUACUGACAGCAGACUAUGAGUAUGAAUACGACCGAGUACGAAUAUGUGUGCAUAAGUUUUGGUACUCGUCAAAAAGUACCAAACUAAACUCGUCGUUGGUACAAACUAAAGAUACUGUACAGUUUAAAGAUAUUGGAUCAGGUCAGUCAUUGUGUAGAAUGAUGCUGUCAUGAAUCACGAAAUACCUCCAGUUUUACUUGUAGAUCGCUUUUAACAACGGACAUUGUCGGAAAGCAGAUUUUCAGGAAUUAAAAAAAAAAAUCUGUAUAAAAAUGAUAAAAUUUUACAUUUAUCUCUAAUGAAUAAGACACAGGUGACAGUAGGAAAGGAAAAACUCCCUGAGAUGACAUGAGGAAGAAACCUAGAGAGGAAUCAGAUUUAAAAAGGAAUAAUCCUCAAACUCAUCUGGGUGACACUGGAUAAUUGUAAGAUUUAUUCUAAGUUUUAUGUAUAGGAGUAACUCCUAAAUUCAUUAUAGUCAUAGGGUCUCAGUCCUGAUGCAUCCUUAACAAACACAGUCAUGACUGGAUCAUUGAAAAUAAUGUUAAUGCAAGGUAUCAGGGCCUUUUGUCAGGAAAUGAGGGUUCGUUUUCAUAUACUGUUACAGGAUAUAUAAUAUAAUUUAUCUUAUAUAUAUAAUAUAUUAUAUCAGAUUAAAUAUUAUAUAUAUAUUAUCUCCAGAAAUCUCAGACCAGACCUGGUGAAUUUUAUGAGAUGGUGCAAUAUAUAACAUCCGAUUUUGUUUUUCAUCUAUUUUAAUGAUCUAAAACACAUUUUUGUUUGUUUUUUUGCUGUUGAAAAUGUGAGCACAAGAACUUUUAUGUUUCAUUUUCGUUUGUUUGUGUUUUUGUUUUAUUUCCAGGAAAUAAAUGGAAAGAACCCGUUUUGUCCAUCUAUCACAUAUUUUGUCCAUCUAUCACAUAUUUUGUCCAUCUAUCAAAUAUUUUUUUGUCCGUUAUGUUCAACGCUCGUCUCUUCAAGUGACCAAUCAGAUUUUGUCAUUGCUACGACAACAAAACGCCAAUCAUCUGCCAGGCUACUGGCUCCUCCCAUCAGAUGGGGCGGGGCAGCAUGACCUGUUCUGAGCUGCAUGCACAUUUUUAUAAACAGACAAAACAGAACAAUAAAAAAUGCUACAGAAAUAGAUACCUGUGUUAGUUCCACAUACAGUAGGCCAGCUUGUUUGUUGCAUGUACCUGUACAGUUUGCUUGUACUUGAUUAUAAAGAGAUAAACUAAGAAACUAAAGCCAUUCACUCUCAGAUCCACGGGAAAAAUCCUCUCCAGUACUUGUCCUACAUUCCGGUGAUGAAUGUUUUAUUUAUUUGUUUAUUUAUUCUUUUUUUUUCUUGCAUUUCUUUGUCUUUUCUAAUCCCUUCAAGGGAAAUAUGUGCUGUACUGUAAUACUGAUCAUAACCAAACCUCCUUCUUUCACAGAUAUCUCAUAUGUAAAUGAUUCUUUACCUCCAAGAGCCAGAGAUUAUACAACUAGUUAUACAUCAGUAAAAGUGACACGUAGCUUCUGAACUGAACAGUUACAGGUGAAACUCAGUAAUACCUGCACAACAACGCUGAAUGUGCACAGAUUGUAAAUAUGAACUAACCAUUAAGUCGGUUAAGCCAUAUUUGCAAAAAAAAAAAAGGGGGUGGCCAAGGAUUUUCUUGCAAAAAGACGUCUCAGUUCCAGAGGAACCGCUGACUCGCUGGAACCGAGUCGCGAUAUCGGGAUCCUCCGACCGAUAACAUCUCACUCUCAGCGCAGCCAAGCGCUCCGACACAACACGACCAUCUCUGUGCUUUCAACACCGAGCCUCUCAUGACAACAUGCGCUCAGUGGAGGAAAAAAAAUAGCCAAUAUUUUUUUUAACGUUAACGUGAGCCCGGUUUUCAUUUGACUUUAUCAGUAUUACUGGGUAGAAAAAUGAAAAGAAAACAUGUAAGAGAAAAUAAAAAACGCUGAUUGUUUACAACUCACAUUAUCCGUUCCACUGAAAUGAGUCAAGAAAAAAAAUAAUAGGAUAAGUUGUGUAAAAAAAAAAAAAUAAUAAUAAUAAUAAUAAGGAUUUCACUUGCAACACUUUUGUUUGUAUAAAGAUGUGGCUCAAAUGAUG